AUGCGACGUUUGGCGAGAAAAGCAGUGGCUGCCUUGCAUCCGGCUAGACGUCGGCCACACCGUAUGGGACAGGCGCGCAAGCACACUGGGGCACUAAGAGAGAUGAAGGAUCUCGAAGAGCAAGAGUUUCGCAAAAGGCUAGAGGAGGAGGAGGAAGAAGUGCAAAGCCGUUUGAGGGAGGCCAGAGAGAGAGAACUUGCGCCGUUACUGGAUCUGGGGGAGACUUCGAGAAGAGCUGGCAAAGAGUCGUCCGAAGAAGCUUCCGAAGAGGAAGAGGAAGGGGAACCCUCAGAGGUAGUACUCUCUGAAGAGCAAAUGCAGCGUUUGCAGGAGCUUAAGAACGUCUAUCGAAGACUCAGAAAAGAGGCCCCGUCAGACGAAGUUGAGGCAGAAAAGAAGAAAGUCAAAAAGCAAAUCGCGCAGCUCCUCGGUCGCAGACGGAAGAAGAAAAAGAAAGCGCAUCUCAAGGAAGCUCGUCAGAAAACGGGCGCUGAAGCUGAAGGGUCAUUGGAAAUACUGAAAACGGAAGAACGUAUCGAGGAAGAAAAGCGGAAAGAACGCAUUAGGAAGGUCCUGCAGACGCAGAGGGGAGAUGCCAGCAGCCGGUUGGCGCAAGUGAUGGAGGGCAGAGGCGUUGCAGGUCCAAGGGAUGAGGAGGAAGAGUCAGAAGCAGAGGCAGAGGGCAAACCAGCAGAGGAAGAAGAAGAAGAAGACAAGGAGAAAGAGGAGGAAGAAUCAGUGGAGGAAAGCAGCAGCAACGACGAGACGAUAUCGACAAUUUCCAUCAGCAGCUAUGAGUCCACUCAUAUCCCUGUUUUCAAGCAAUCCGUGUAUACUGCAUUAGAGUACAAAGCCCCUCAAGAAACUUUCGAGGAAUGGAUGAAGCUGCCCGUUGACUACUGUGGCAGGCUGCUGCUGGAGACUAGAGAUACGAGCGCCGUGAAAACUGGGAGGAUGGACGCGUGGAAGCCACCCAUGAUGUUGAGAAAAUCGACUGGAGCUCGCGAAGAAUCCCUCUGCAUGUUUCUCAUGGUGGAGGCUAGAGGCCCCGCCUUUCUGGUGUAUGUGUGUCCAGACGACAAGCCACGGAAGAAGAAAUGGUCGUUGGCAGCGCUGUGCAGGAAAAAGACAUCCAAGCAUGUACCCCCAGAAGAACCGAAGAACUGGAAAUACCUGUGCAGCUUCGUGCUGGAUAAUACGGGCGAAGCGAGUGAAGUUUCCAUGACGAAUGAGCAGUCUGGAGCUCCAUACAAGGCUAUCAGAAUAAGUGCUCGGAUGAUAGCUCCAGGAGGCGAGAGCCCUCCAACUAGCAAAGUUGAAUCUCCUGAUGAGGGUUCGGCGUUUUCAAAGGCUCAGCUAGCGCUACGUUCCUCGGCCUUUUUCAGUGGUGUUGUUAGUGCAGAUACCGAGGCAGAAACACUGGAAUGGCUCGUGGUCAUGAACGGUAGAAAGGCGUUUGCCCGCUAUCUUUCUGCAUGUAAGGACCAUUCGCAACAGCCUCUAGAGCCGGUUGCCGCAAGUUUAUUCAAUCUAGGGCCUAGAGAAAUCGUGCUACAAGGGGUUCCUUUCCACAAGGAAAUCGAUACCGCGAUUUUUACGUCCAUCAAUCUACCGUAUCUCGACGCCUUGUACUGCGGAUGGCGGGAAAUGGAUACAAAAGGCCUCGUCACCUGUCUGCAGCACGUUCCGCGGGCUGUGCGCAAGUUGGAUGUUUCUGCGAACAAGCUUGGAUCUUCUGUGCUGAAGGUGAUGGCCGAUUUCUGUCCGAAGCUGGGAAUAUCUCAGCUCUUCCUUGCCGAGAACUACUUGGCGGCAGAAGAUGUAGCUGGUGCGCGAGGCAUUGCCAACAUGGUGGCCAGCGCAGAUCCUCUGCUGCUGGAUCUGCGGCGAGUAGACAUUACAGAUGAAGCCUGCAGGGCUAUUGCUGCUGAGCUGCGCAACAUUGAUCAGCCCUCUUUAGUGCCCAAGACGGUCAGCGUCGGAGAGAAUAGUAUAUCAACAAAAGGGCUCAAGGUGCUCGCGACGGCGAUUGCUAAAACACUCCCUCGCUUCAAGGUCCUCUGUCUACCGAACAUCCCGCAGCUCACGCAGGGAACGCUUUCUGAAGUUUUGAAAGAAGUACCCCUGAUGCGUCCGACGCAGCUGUCUACAGGCAGUCCUGCAUGCCCAUUUCGUUCAUUAGAUGAAAGCGAAUUGCCCGAGAGAUGCCUCUCGCUGCCUGCGGUGCUUAGCGGUCGGCUGUUUGUAGAAACUCAAGCUACGGCAGCGGACUGGUAUGCGCCUCAGGCAGGCACCGACCCCUUUCUUGCAUUUUUUGAACUCCGCGGAUCUGCACUGCUCCGUUAUGAAGUACCCCCGAGGUCGACGUUCUCCGUGUCUAAAAAAAGCAAGCGGCUCUCUGGCAGCCCCUUGGGCACGCUGAGUCGAUCCUUUGGCACUGGCCUGUGCGGAAUUAUGGUAUCAUCGGUGUCUCUGGUGGAUGCGAAGAUCCGAGUUGCGGGUAAGAAGAUCACAUCCAUGCAGUCCAUCUCGAAGACGGAGGUGGAAGUGUGGAUGCUCGAGGCAGAAUCUCAAGAGUUUCUGAACGAGUGGUUCAGAGUGCUUACCAUCAGGCGGGUAGGAGUGGAAUGCAAUACAAUUGCUCGAACCACAAAAGAGGCGCUUCAUCCUGGAGUUGGUCAGUACUGUACCAGUUGUUUCAGAACGCAUUUGGAUCUCGGGGGGCAGCCGCUAGGACUAGGCCAGCUAACUCGCGUUUUUGGUGGUGUAUGUGAGGAUUUCCGUCUUAAAUCUGUUGACAUGAGCAGCAUGGCGUUGGAUGCAAAUGUGUUGAAACGCCUUCCUAGAACUGCAUUCGCUCUGGUCGAACUUCAAGAACUGGAUUUGUCGUUUAAUUCCAUUUCCAUUAAUGCGGCACUAGGAGAUCUGGUUGAAUUCUGCGGCAGCGCGAAGAUAUGUGCACGUCUAGUGCUCGACGGAAAUCCUCUUGGAGAUAGUGAAGAGGUUGCGCUGUUCGUCCUUAGACUUAUAGAACACCGUAUUCAGCGUCUUUGUUUGAACGCUUGCGGUCUAGGGGGUUCUUUCGCUGCCGCCUUGUGCAAACGCGUCACAGAAGAAUCGAGGCAAUUCCCCACUCUCACCGCUUUGGAGUUGCAGGGAAACGCCAUACCAGAAGAAGGCAUGAAAGCCAUGCUCGAUGGCUUAAUCCCUCGGUGCCCGGCUCUUAAGGAGGUGUGCCUAUUUGGAAACGGGUUCGAGACUAUCGGUCGAUUUCAACGUGCAGUUCAAGUGAACUUCACAAAGACCUUUUACGAAACUCCAAGGAAAUGCGCGCCUUUAAAACGCCUCGUAACGAAGAAGCCAAAGGCUCUCAGACCACCGACAGAGGCAAAGUCAGGGGGAGAAGCAGCCAAGCCGAAGAGUCCAGAUGAAUAUGCCAUGGCACAAAAGGAGGCCCUUGAAUUUUUAAAAAACCAAGAUGCCACAGGAGCGCGGAUAGGCUCCACUCCGCGUACUGUCGGCACCUAA